AUGAUUCGCCAAGUUGGCGGGCCGGGGAAUUACAUUGCCAUGGUGGUAGACAGCAGAACUCUGGGCAUUUUGUCUUCGUGCUGCAGCGUGUAUGACGUCCUUAACGAUGGGGUAACGAUUGUGGAACUAAUAUCGAAACAGCGCCAGCCACUGCCGGAGCUCAACGCUCUGUAUUUCCUUUCUCCGUCUGAAGAUUCAGUGCAGGCACUCAUAAAGGAUUUUAAGGACGAGAAAAAACCCCAGUACCGCUCAGCGUAUGUUUACUUCAGUGCAUACAUCCCCGAUUCCAGUAAGAUAAUGGCCAGUUUGGCUGACUCGCCCAGCUUGCUCCCGAGAAUACGAUGCCUCGUUGAGUUUAACUUGAGUUUCGUGGCAUAUGAGCAACGGGUUUUCCACUUCGGAAUGCCUGAUGCCCUAUUCCAGUUGUUCCCUCUUCCCUCACCGUAUCUGCUACAGAAGAUUGCUGAUGAUCUGGUCUCCCUUUGCGUAACAAUGAGCCAGAAACCUGCAAUUCGGUAUCAUAGAAACCAGCUUCCGUGGUGUGAGCAACUGGCAACACUUGUUCAUAAGGGACUAAAAUCUGAAAAGAUUCCGCCAUCUGAUGAACGAGACACAAUACUCCUCAUUUUGGAUCGUUCUGUUGACCUGGCGCCACUUUUUGUGCACGAGUACACUUACCAGGCUCUAGCGUAUGACGUUUUGGAGCUUCCGGUUUGCUGUCAUAAUUCAUCAAAAGCUUCACAUUCCGACACGCCAGAAGUACUAGAGGAUGUCUUCGAGUAUGAUGUGACAAACAAUAUGGGAGUGGUCGAAAGGAAGAAGGCCAUACUUGGUGAACAAGAUGAGGUGUGGGUUCGCUAUCGUCACCAACACAUUCAGGAUGUGAAUCAGAGCGUCCAGGAGGAAAUCCAACUAUUUCUUAAGGAAAACAGCACAGCCAAAAUGCAGCAAAAUAUGGCAACAACCUCGGAAGACACCUUGAAAGCUAUUCGCUCCCUUCCGCAAUACCAAGAGGCGCUGUCAAGGUAUUGGACACACGUUACUCUCAGUGAGAAGUGCUUCGAUAAGCUUCAAGAUCUGAGGAUCAUGACUGUUGGUGCCGUGGAGCAGGACCUGUGCUGUGGCGUCGACAAAGAUGGAAAGGAAAUCAGUGCAACGAAGCUGCUAGCAGCGGUUGCAUCACUGGUCUCUGAUGGCACAAUCGGGUCUGAUGAGAAGCUUCGACUACUUCUGCUUGAGUUUACUCAAAUGCUUGGCAUGGAUACUGCAGAUCGGACGAAGGCAAGCACGAGAUAG